AUGUCUAUUGAUCCUGAAACUCGCAGAAAGUUAUUGCAGCUACAAAAGAAAGGGCUUAAUAAAAGAUGCUGCGAUUGUGACGCUCCGAAUCCUCAAUGGGCAUCGCCAAAGUUUGGUAUCUUUAUCUGUCUCGAAUGCGCAGGAAUUCACAGAGGAUUGGGUGUUCACAUUUCAUUCGUACGGUCUAUCACAAUGGAUCAGUUCAAAUCAGAGGAAGUUUUGAGAAUGGAGAACGGGGGCAACGAGAAUUUGCAAAACUACUUUACAGAAAAUGGAGUUGAUCUAAGUUUGCCAGCAGCAGAAAAAUACGAUAAUUACGUAGCAGAAGACUACAAGGAGAAGCUUACUAGUGAAGUUGAAGGUAAAGAAUUUGUUCCUAAAGACCACUCUGAUAAAACUUUACCCUCAGCAUCGAAUUCGAAGAGCAUGAGUAACGAUUCUAUAUCACAACAACCUAUUCAGUCUAGACGAGGAACACCUACAUUAUCAAGAGAUCAAAAAGCUAAAAACGAAAAUUAUUUUGCAGAGCUAGGCUCUAAGAACGAAGAAAGACCGAAUCAUUUACCGCCGUCUCAAGGGGGAAAAUAUUCCGGUUUUGGAAAUACUCCAGCUCCAGAUACAAGGAGUGGAGGUUCAUUAGCUGGAUUUUCUCUAGACAGUAUCCAAACGGACCCUUUCGGUUCACUAAGCAAAGGCUGGGGAUUGUUCUCCUCAAGUGUGGCCAAGUCAAUAAACGAAGUAAACGAAUCAGUUAUCAAACCCACAGUUAAUCAACUUCAAGAAAGCGAACUAAGUAAUGAGGCUAAAAAGGCAAUGGCUCAAUUUGGCCAGAAAAUGCAAGAAACAGGAAAAUAUGGCCAUGAAACCUUUCAGUCAUUUACUAAUGAUAUUCAUGAGAAAGGGCUAAAUAAAACCUUUGACGCAAAAUUUGGAAAACUAUUUGACGGUUUGAGUAUUCAAGAGCAAGAAUCAAAGUCAAACGCAGCAUUUGGUUUAGAAAAACCCAAAGAAAAGACGAAGUUGGAUGCUAUCAAUGGUAGCAAAUCUACGCAAAAAAGCACAGAAGAAGAAGAUGAGGAUGGAUGGGACGAUUUCUAG